AUGCUACGGGAGUCCAGGGAGAACCUGCCCAAAGAAGUCGAGAAAUCGUUGCAUGUUUUGCAUCGGCCCAAGGGCGUGAUGAUGUUGCCAAUCUGGUGCCUGGCGGCGCUAGUCUGCGUCGCGACAGGUGAUGCUGCCCUGCACGGACCGGGCUUCGAAACGGUCAAACAGUGGAACCUGUUGAGCUACAACUUCCCCUGGGACUACCCGACGUCGAACAAGGACUUUUACAAUCCGGAAAAUGUCGUCGCUACCGGACUGGAGGUGGGCUACGAUCGUAUUUUCAUCGCCACACCGCGUCUCUUUUCCGGCGUGCCAUCGACGCUGUCGUCCAUACCGCGCGGAACCAUCGGUGACUCACCGACGCUGCAGGCGUUCCCCUCCUGGAGCCACCAUCGGGCCGGCACGAACGAGUACAACUGCUCCGACAUUGGGCUCGUGUCGGUCUACCGGAUACGCAUCGAUUCGUGCAACCGGCUGUGGGCGCUCGAUGCCGGUGUCUCGCGCUCCCUGGAGGACUUUGAGGUGACCUGCCCGCCGAAAAUACUGGUGUACGAUCUGAACACCGAUCAGGUCGUACGGCGGAUCGAUUUCCCCGCCGAGGUGAUCCGAGGCGAAUCGCUCUACACGAACAUCAUCGUCGAUGAGACAACGUCGCGCCCGGAAAACCACUGCGACGAUGUGUUCGUCUACAUCACCGACACCGUUGCGCCGGGAAUCAUUGUUUACGACAGCGGGAAAGAUCUCACCUGGCGGCUGUCCCAUCCCGCCAUGUACCCCGAUCCAGACUUUGCCGAAUCGAGCAUCCUCGAGCACCGGUUUACCCUGAUGGACGGCGUGGUUGGGUUGGCGUUCGAUCCGGAAGCUGCCAUCCUCUACUUCCAACCGUUGGCGACUGACCGCCUGUUCUCGGUCAGUACGUCCGCACUGCGAGGCGGUCCGCUACCGUUCGGAAAGGAUCUCCCGGUGAAACUGGUUGGCCGUAAAUCAUCUCAAGGUAUCGGACUGGCCGCUGCCCCCCGCGGUGGAACCAUUUUCUACUCGCCCCUGUCGGAGACGGCCGUCGCUUCCUGGAACCCACGUACCAACGAGCAUAGCAUUCUUGCCCAAGACCAAGAAAAGAUUCAGUUUGCCGCUGAUUUGCGCACGCCCGAUCGGGACGGUACCGCGCUGUACGUGCUGACUUCCAAGUUUCAUCGAUUCUUUUUGAAAAAUCUCGACGCUAGCGAGUUUAACACGCGCAUCCUUCGCAUCGACGGUGUGGUUCAACCUGCGGCUCCGGCACGCCUACAAGCACCAUCUCACCAUCGCUUCACGUCCGGCGGUCACAGCUACCAACCGCUCGCCUCCGGGUCGUUCUACGAAUCGCCCAGCUCCAGCGUGUAUAAACCGCUUCCCCACAGUCGACCGAUACCGUCGUCGCACGGCGCCAAAACGUACGCAUCGUUCGUGCAAAACUUUUACACCAAACAACCCCAGCCGUACAGCUACGAACCGGUUCCGGUGAUCGACAAGAGCAAACCCGUCAAUCCGUUCUUCAUGCUCAACAGUGGCGAGAAAACGUUCCCACCGCCGCACGUGCCACGGCCACAGUUUGGUUUGAACGGGGAAAUUUUCAUCCCCAAGAUCAACCAGCAUUUCAACGACUUCAACGGGCUGCGGUAUGCGAAAAGUGUGCGCACGAACCAUACCGCAACCUUGAAGUAG